CUUCUGCCCCUUGUGCAUCUAUUAUAAUUUGUGUGCCCUCUAUUUUUAAUUUAAACAAAUUUCCUGUUUUAUUUAAUUACAAAAUUUUUGUAACUAUUCCCGGGGAAUACUACAGAAAUGUUAAAGUGCCUCAUGCAUUUACUUUUACUGGUUGUCAGCGCAUGUUUUGUGUUACAAGGUACUGCGAAGUCUGAUUCCGUCAUAAAGUCCCGUGAUAGUUUACUUGUGGAGCAUCCAUGCCCAAAUUUAAAACGCCAUGAAAUCGAGUCUCAUCUGUCAACUAAGACACCGUAUCGUGUAGUGGCUAACUUGGACGAUAAACCCCUCACCUAUUCAGGAUGCCGCGCUACUCGUAUUUGGACCAUUAUACGUCAUGGGACGCGAAAUCCCAGCAAAGAGCACAUUGAGGAAGCCAAGCUAAAACUCGUACGAUUGAAGGAACAAAUUCUUAAGAAUGCUCAAACUAAGUUAUGUCCCGAAGAACUGAUUCGUUUGCGAAAUUGGCAAUUCAAUGUCAGCAGCGAAGAAGAGAAAUAUCUUACUGCAGAAGGCGAGGACGAACUAAUCGAAUUGGCAGAGCGUAUGCAGAAUCGUUUCCCGGAUUUAUUGUUUGACCAAUAUCAUCCCGAUUUCUAUUACUUCAAAUACACAAAAACCCAGCGCACAUUAAAGAGCGCACAGAGUUUUACUAGUGGUCUUUUCGGACGACAUCGUAUCGGAGCUGUUGAAUAUCCGGAAGCAUUGCAUAAAGAUCCAGUAUUAAGGUUUUAUAAACUUUGCAAACGCUGGAAGAUUGAUGUUGAUAAUAAUCCAAAGACAUUUGACAAUGCUGAACGUUUUCUGAAUGAACCCGAAAUGAUUGACGCCGUCAACUUUAUACGUCGUCGCACACAGAUCCAAAAUAUUACAGCCCAAGAGGCGAAACUCAUCUAUACUAUCUGCGGUUUUGAGACAGCUUGGAAUCGUCGGAAAGAUCCAUCAGUAUGGUGCAAUCUAUUUAAUCAGGACACAAUCAAAGCAUUAGAAUUUUUCGAAGAUCUCGAGUAUUAUUGGAACGAUGGUUAUGGUUUUGAAAUUACGCAUCGCAUAGCCUGUGCGGCUAUGGAAAAUAUGUUUGAAUAUAUUGAUCCGAAUUCCAACAAACCAAAUGCUACUUUUUACUUUACUCACUCUGGCACCUUGCUCAAAGUUUUGGCUCAUCUUGGUCUUUACAAAGACGCAGAACCUUUAACAUAUCGAGAUUUUGGACGUGAACGCGCCUGGCGCACCAGUGUCAUUGACACAUUUGCAACCAAUUUAGCUUUUGUGCUAUAUGAGUGCAAUAAAGAAAAUGGAUCGAUGGUGUUAACGUUGCAUCAGGAACGCCCAAUUCGCCUGCCGGGCUGCCCACAAGAUCAAGAUCUCUGCAGCUUGACGACGCUGAAAAAGCAGUACACCCAAAAUGUCUCCAAUUGUGAUUUAGAAGAAUUGUGCCACAAUGAACAGCAUGUAGAGCCGAAUUGAAAACAUACAAAAAAGAAAAUGAUCAUAAAAUAGACAAUCUGUGCAAAUCAAGACAGCGAGAAUGGAGAGAAACUUUGCUAUUGUAAAAAAGCAAACGAACAAAAACUAAAUACCACUAAUUAAAGAAAGCUUUUAUUGCUUGAUCAACUGGCGCUACUUUCGAAUUGUGACUUAAUUGUAAAUUAACUGUUGCAAAUGUCAAAUAUCUUGGAUUAACAAGUGUGCGAAAAUACAGAAUAGGAACACAGCGAUUUUGCUUAUACAUACCUUAGGUUGAUAACGAAGCUGAAUAUGAGUAUACACACAAACAACUUUACACACAUAUACAUAUAUAGUUAAAAUUGAAAAAAUAAAAAAAAUUAAAAUAAGCUAACAUUUAUACACACGUAUACAUACAUAUUGUUAUGCAUAUGAAGAUAUCGACGUUGGCUACCGUAUAUAUAUAUAUAUAUAUAUAUGUAGAGUACUACACGUCAAGGUAGUGCGAAUAGGUUAAAUCGUGAUUUUUAACUUAUUUUGAAAAGAAAUAUCAAAGCAGCUUUAUUGUAACCUCAUAUAAGUUCUUGAAUGGUAAAAAAUAUGUAUAUUACUUGGUGAUUUGUAAAUUAAAGUGCGUACACUUUUACAUACAUAUUUUUUUCGCGAGCACUGCAAAAUCGCAUUCAAUGUGAUUUGCUUUUUUAUAUGUACAUAUAUAUAUAUAUAUAUAUAUAUAUAUAUAACUAUAUAUAUUUGCUGUAUUCUAAAAAUGAAUACAACCUAUCCAGUUUUAACUUAUCCAUCACCUAAAUUAACUUAGUUGCCUAUUUACAAAUGACAUUGUACGACUUCAAUAUUUUUUUUAUUUGAGCUUAAAUAUUAAGAGUUAUGCCUGAAAUAGCAAAUAUACUUACAUUGCUGAAUUUCCCUGGGGUCUCUGAGACGAACGGAAAAGCGUUUAUUUUAAUCGAGCGGUAUCUUUAUACCUAUCAGUCUUUGAUUGUUACAAUGAAGUUGCACACCGGACGAAUGGCUAUAUUUGUAAUUAUUCAUUUUUCUGUAUACAAUAAUGUAAGGUAUAAUAUGAAAACUAGCGUAUUCAUAUAAAAAGUGACGUGCAGUAAAUAUAUAUACAUAUAUAUAUACAUAUUGCAUGCACUUAAUAACUUUGUUAAAUGCUUAUCGUAAGCCAAACGCCGGGAGGCAGAUUUUCUUUGAAUGUUAAAAGAAACCUAAUAAUUAAGAAUUUCAUGAAAUUUUAUUAUUUGGUUUUGUGCUUACGAUAGCCAUACGUUUACAAUUAAAAAUAUGCAAAAAGUCGCAUACACAAUUUAGCAUAUAUAAGGACUAUAAAGGACUACAGUUACAAGAUGAACCAAAUGCAGUUCACACAAAUAAUGGCUGGAAAAAUCGAAAAUAACUAAAAAAAAUUUCCUUAUUAAUUAUUAAUUAACUGAUAAAACUCACAAAAAAUAUAUAUUGUAUAUUUUGAUUUCGAUAUCGACAAGAGAGUGUUAUUUAAUAUUUAAUUUAUUGUUAUUAUUUUUUUUUGUUAACUGGCAAGCGAAUUCGCAACUGAUAAAUUGUAAUUUCUUUGCUUUAGUCACAAAAAUCCCAAUAGACAUUCACUUGUGCUGAACAGCAAUUGGUUCAUAACUGUUUAAAAGCAAUUAUUGUUUGCGAUUUUUUUUUUGUUACAAAUGUUCCCAAAUCAUUGUUUAAUUUUAGCGCCGAAAUGGGUCUAUUACAAUAUAACGCGUUCGAUGAGAAAAUAUAGUAAUUGGAUUUCAUAAAAUGCGCCUUUAUUAAUUAUAUAAUUAUAAAUAAAAUUCAUAUUAUUACAUACUAGUGGUAAUUGCUUGCAAUAUGUAAACUACUUAACUAACUUCUGCGAAAAAUAAACUAAGUACCGUAAUAUUGAAAAAAAAUGUAUAUCUUUUAUUAAU